GUAAGGUCACCCAGCCCGAGGCGGAGAAGAAGGAGGCCGCCAUCGAGCUGCAGCAGUUCGAGUCCGAGCUUGCGGUCGCCUUGCGCACGGCUCUCCAGCAUUCCACCCAGCCGAAUAAUGAAUCUUUUUUGCAGAUCUCGGAUUUUUCCGAGAUGCCCCAUGCUGGACUAGCAACAGAGGAGUUCCGCUGCACGUCAAAGCAGCAGGUCAACAGCUUCGAGCAGGCCCUGGAGACGACCGCUCAACCCCAG